AGUUGUGGCUUUUUGCUUGCACACGAAACUAGCGCAAUAUACAGUCACGAAUAUCGCUUUAAGAUUUUCUUUUCGUAUCUAUGCAAUUUUAAAAACAAUAUUAAGCAAAUCAAAAUGUGCGCGAUAUUGCUAGUUCUCUAAAGAAAAGCUCGGGUUUCCAUUAAAAUAAAUAUUCGAUUCUGUGCUAUGUAUAUCACACUCUAAACUGAAUGAAAAAGAAAGAAAAACAAACAAUGGCUUGUCUGCAGCUAGCGAGAGAAAAAGCUACUUCACUCGUGCAUUGAAAGGCGUCAUACAGUUUCGGUGUUUUGAAAAAAAUCAACAAACUCGCGGAGGAAAACACUUAUUAAUACUGCACAAGUAUUUCGACAAGAUUGAUUCUCGAGUCGCCUUUUACGACAGCAACUCCUUUGGUUCAAGAACAACGCGUGCAAAAUGAUGGCUUGUAUGUUUUGGAAAAGAGCCUUCGUCAUUCACUUCCUGGUGGUUUUGGUAUUGAUGAGUGUCUUUGGUGGAACCAACGCACUCUGUGUUAUACGGAGUGAUGUUGAUGCCUUCUCUAAUCCCGAUACCUCGCCUUGCAGCCGCGUCGGUUGCAGACGAGUCCACGGAGCGAAUGGCUGCAAAGGUGGAAACUGUUGCAUGUGCCAGUGUAGCCGCAGUAGGCCGAAUUACCUCAUCCACCGUAAGGCGUGUGUACAAAAUGAUGAACUAAUAGGAGAUUGCGAUUUUCGUCCCACGUCUUCAGAGAUCGCAGUUGUAGACUUCAGUAAGGCGGGGAUUUUUCUGUUUGAUGGUGACGCUGAUGGAUGCUACAGUGGAUUACGGGUCGCGCAAUGGUCUUAUCGGUUGGAUAAACCGAAAAUGAUUAAAGAACAACCGAACAACUUCAUAGUCAAAGGAGGGUCCAGCAGAUGGUAUCUACAGUGGAAUAAAGGUCUUGACGCAAAAUAUUCUGGAUUGAUUUUGAAGUUUGAUUUUGCAUGUGUCGCUAAGAAGGCUUAUUCAAGAUCUCAAUGUCUGUUGGUCAAAGCGAAAGGAAAUUAUACUCUUUCAGAGGCACCAGGAACCCCACCACUACAAGUAGUUCCCAACGAUGUUGCAGUAGAUGUACAUGUAACAGGAAGAAAAGUUGAGCCGACUGCACGGAUUGAGAGAAAUGACACAAAACCUGACAAUGUCAACAAUGUUCAUCCUGGAGAAACUGCUGCAGAUACCGAGAAGAAAAGAAAAACCGUAGAAAAGAACAACAGUGUUGUAGUGGUCGGUGUGUGCUUGUCCUUAGUGGCGGGAAUCGCCCUCGUUUGUGUUCUGGUAUUGAGAAGAAGUGGGUCUACGAGACCAAAAGGCCCAGGUAAAGCUGGAGCUCGAGAUGCAGGGUACGAGGAACCCGUUGACCCGGCCUCCCGCUAUGCGGUCGUGAAACGAAACAGCAACCAGUCCUUUCAGAACGAGUUUUACGAUACAGAUUGUGUGCUGUCGAUCGAAGGACCAACUGCAACAACCAACAACACGUAUCGAUUGGGUCCCUUACCACCUCUGCCCCCAGAGGAAGGCACAUAUGAAGAGCCAAUGAUUACAAGGAAUGUUGGUUACCACGGGCUAGGAACGGAAGCUCAAGAGUCAAGUGAGCAAACAAAAGAUGAGCCUGCAAUUAAAGAAGAACCUCCUCCAGUUUAUAACACCCUGGAGCCACCUUCGGACGAAGAAGAUGAUUACGACGACACAGCCGAGCCGGCAAUUGAAGAGGAACCUCCUCCAGUUUAUAACACCCUGGAGCCACCUUCAGAUGACGAAGAUGAUUAUGACGACACAGCUGAGUCUCGUUGCCGUACAGUGUGAAAGAAAAACAUGGCUUUCCAUCCUUCAAAUGAACAAAUAACUCCAUUGUAAUCAUAGAUUAAUCAACAUCGAGCCUCGAUAACUCCCUUUCGCUAAGGCCUCUCUAGGCAAAACUCUUUUUAAUGAUAAUCGAGUGAAGGCUGGGGAGAGAGCAAACAGCAGGCACGCGGGAAUGCUGGGAAUAAAUAGCCUAUCUAUCGAAAGUAUUCCAUGUAAUGAGGUUAAAAUUAUAUAUUGUUAUGCAAUAUUUUUAUACUAUCAUGAGUUGGCCAAUCAAAGCACAGUAUUAGCCAUGUUUAAAAGUAGAGUUGGUACUUCCGUUUUUCUCACAUGAAUAGAUUUCUUAGUUCCAGUUUUAAACCUUAGUUGUAGUCUUACGUUUUUAGCUUUUACAGCUAUUCUGUAUUUUAGACAUUUAAUGUAGUUUAGACUUUUAUCUUUUAGAGGAUCCUCUAGAAAACUACUUCUAAGUGAUUGGAGGCCUCCUCUUAAAAUAUUAAUUGAAUUUAAAUUUAAUUAAUUGUUCAUGUCACCAAAACAUUUAUUGUUGCUGUAAUUUCCAAUUAUUUUUUACUUGCAUAUUAUCUUACUUUACUAUUAUUUUUUUCUUGUUUAGUAGAUAUAUAUAUAUUUUUUGUUUAGACCAAAGCGACCAAUAGUGAGAAAACAACCUCAGAACAUUCAAGUUUUGUCUUCGUUGGGUUAUGCUGAGAUAGAAAAGGAACAUGGAUUCCAUGCAGAUUUGCAAGAACAACUCACAACAAUGUUGCGAGAUUCAGACAAAAAAGUCCUUCUGUACUGAAGCGAGCAGGGGUAGGGUCAGUGCACGCUACAUAGUACGUGAGGGAAGGGGUGAGGCUGAACAGACAAAGCGAGACAAACCAAAACUUGUCAAAAAGUCAGUAUUUAUGAAUAAUGAGGGUGAAAAAGAUUAGUUCGAGAUUUAGCGCGUCUAGAAAUGUUUCUAGCGUCUAGCCAGAUACUUCAACGCAAUGACAAGGAACAGUAUGAGGGACUCACAAAUCAUCUGUCGAUCAUCAGUUGAAGGAAACCGUUUGAAACAUUUUCCAUUCUUCGAGGUGUCGCUGAGCCAGCGGUUUUCUCCAACGUUGUUGCUAAGCAGGAUGACGUCACCUUAUGCUCGUGCUCCGAUUAUUAGGCCAUAAUUGUAAACUUUUAUGUUACCUUGGAGACGAUCGACUCGACCACUACAGCAAAAAUUGUCGCAGGGCAAAUGUACCAUGAGUCUGUAGUCACAGUAUUUGAUAUUCAAAUUUUGAGAACAUCUAAAUACCUGUUUAUUCAGAAGAUUUAUAAAACUACGUUUCUCCAUUGACAACAAUCCUUCACUAAAACAAAAGAGAUACGAUACUCUUGCUUAUAAUGUGCACCUACAUGAACACACAUGAUAUAUUCCUAAACUAACACAAAUAAAAUAUAAAAACAAUGUA